AUGUUCCGAGCAGCGGCGGCUGGGCCGUUUGACGAAGUCGUCACCAAGGCGACUGACGAGAAUCUGACGUCGGAAGACUGGGGCGCCAUCAUUGAAGUAUGCGAUAAGGUGUCUGGCGACCCGAACGGCGCCAAGGAGGCGGUCCAGAGCAUGAUCAAGAGGCUAGCUCAUCGCAAUGCCAAUGUCCAGCUUUACACCCUCGAGCUUGCGCACGCUCUGUGCCAAAACUGCGGAAAGGCGAUGCAUCGCGAAGUCUCCAGCCGUGCCUUUACCGAAGCCCUGUUAAAACUCGCCAACGACCGCAAUACCCACCACCAGGUCAAGAGCAAGAUCUUGGAGAAGAUGCAGGAGUGGACCGACAUGUUCAGCAGUGACCCCGACUUGGGUAUCAUGAGCGACGCAUUCCAAAGGCUGAAGCAGACCAACCCUUCUCUGCACCCGCCCAGUGCCCCCCAAAAACAGGGCCUGACCGAUCAAGAUCGACAGAAGGAGGACGACGAGCUGCAGAUUGCUUUGAAGCUCAGCUUGCAGGACGAGGAACAAAAGAAGGUGACUCAAGCAGCGUCGUCAAACUCGGCUGCAGGAUCUAGCAACCAGCAACAGCAGAAUGCUCCUGCUUCCACCGCGGUGCCAUCGGGGACUACGGCUGCUACCGUAAGCAGAGUGCGUGCCUUGUUCGACUUUGAGCCCACCGAACCCGGCGAACUGGAGUUCAAAAAGGGCGAUGUCAUCGCUGUGCUGGAGAGCGUAUACAAAGACUGGUGGCGCGGGUCGCUCAAGGGAAAGACGGGCAUCUUUCCUCUCAACUAUGUAGAGAAGCUGACGGACCCUACGCCGGAAGAGAUGCAGCGGGAGGCCCAGAUGGAGGCUGAGGUUUUUGCCGAGAUCAAGAAUGUUGAGAAGCUCUUGACGCUCCUGAGCGCUUCGAACAUGGGACCACGAGAGGAGGAUAACGAAGAGAUUUCGAAAUUAUACCACCAGACGCUCGCGAUCCGCCCAAAGCUAAUUAAACUGAUUGAGAAGUAUUCGCAAAAGAAAGGUACCAAAGCCACGAAUAUCCAGUCUCCAUUCUACUCAACCAGAGCAGUGUCACUAACAACAGGUCGUAUAGAUGAUUUCACCCAGCUAAACGAAAAAUUCAUCAAAGCCCGAAGAGACUACGAAUCUUUACUAGAAACGUCCAUGUCUCAUCCUCCUCAGCACAACUACCAGCAGUAUGCCAUGCGCCCAGGUCACCAGGCGUAUCCUCCACCUGCAGGCACAUACCCACCUCAGGGGCAAGAUCCUCAGAGAUUCUAUACUCCUGGUCCUCAAGGCCGGCCACAGUACCAGCAGACUUCCUCCCCACCUCCUAACUUCCCACAGCCUGGUGCACCAGCACAGGGCUCUUCUCAUCCUGCACCAGCGCCGUUUUACGUUGCAGGUGCUGAGACUCCAGGCCAGCCACCUGCUGGUCAACAUGGAAUCCCCUCCAAUAGCAGUCAGCCUCCUCCACUCACAACUACCACGUCGCCGCCACCUCAGAACUUCAAUCCCUUUCAACAGCCUCCCAACCAGCAGCCUCCAAGCACCUACGGCGCCCAGGAACUAGCUACUUCCGUAUAUGACUCUCCCAUUGCUCCCAACAAUCCCAGCUCUGCGAAUACGUUCAGCAGCUCUGUCUAUUCCCAGGAUGGCCCUGCCGUUCCUCACCCGAACGAUAAUGAGGCCAUUCCUCCUUGUUCUACGCAGCAGCAGCCGACAUAUCAGAGCUACCAGCCUCAUCAGCAGUCACCCUCACAACAGCCCCAGAAUGCCAUGGCCCCUCCACCGCUGCAUCCCUCGGGACCCAGCUACGAGAGUCGCCAGAACCAACCUGGUCAACCAGGCGCGGGCGCGGGCGCAGGCUCUGGAGGUCAAUAUAGGCCGUAUGUGCCUCCUGGCUCAUCGGAGCCUAGUGCUCCAGGCCCAAAUGAUUAUUACCGCCAACCUGGUGUCUAUUAA